UUUGUUUAGAUCAGUGUGCGACAAAAAUGUCUUCGUUAUCCGUGUAUUUCACUGAUGAACGCGAUGCAUUAGUCUCCAGUUCUAGCGAAGCAGCUCAAAGUUUCUGUGACGACAAGGGCAUCAGGGUAGAUCGUAGAGUAAGAAGGCAGAGGACUUUUAGAAAUCGUGGAUCGUUUAUUAGCGGAAGUCGAAAAACGUUCAGGCAAUCUAAGAGAUAUGAGCGAUCGCUUUGGCUUUAUGCAACCGUCUCACUUGUUAAAUGAGCGAAAUGACGAACGAAUUAAAAAGCAGAUCCAAAAUUUUUCUCUACUUUACGGUGAAGUUAUGCCUGAAAGUCUCAUUGAAGAAGUAAAACGGUUGCGGAGGCUCAUGCAUAGUUUCCAAAUUGAUCGGCAACGUAUAACUCAAGAUGACCCAAGAAACUGGGAUGUCCUUCAACUGUUAAAAUGGAUUGUGAAGUGGGCUCUGGUAGAGUCACUGCCAAAUCUUACAAUCUCACUUCGCAUUUGCCUCACGAUUUGCGUAUCCGUCGCAAGCUGCGAACGGAGCUUUUCGAAGCUAAAACUUAUUAAAACUUACCUUAGAUCAACUAUGAGUCAAACUAGAUUGAGCAACUUGGCCAUCCUCUCUAUAGAGCGGGAAGUCGCAGAGGAGAUGGACACCGAGCAAAUCAUUCACGACUUUUCAGUUAUGAAAGUAAGAAAGAUGUAAUGUGUCAUUAGACACCAUAAUAAAGUGUUUUCGUUGGACCAUAAUAAAAAAAUUCUUUUUCUUUUCUUUUC